GGCUCCUCCGAGAUGCCGCAGGAACCUGGAGAGGACGACGAGGAGGAGGCGGCAGGCCGAGGGCUCUUGCGACGCCUGCGCUCGGUCAACACGCGAGAGCCUUGCCAGGUCAUCUUCUGCAACCGCAGCCCUCGCUUAGUGAGGCCCGUGUGGCUGGACUUCGAGGGGAAACCGCGCCCCUAUCCGAGCCUGCUGCCGGGCGCGGGACGCCGGAUGCACAGCUACGCGGAGCAUCUUUGGUUGUUCAGAGAUGCAGAGACAAAUGAUGGUCUGCUUGUCAAUGAGGCAGAGCUGUUUGUGGCCACUCGCAAUAUGAAUGGACAGCCCAUAUUUGCAAACAUUACGUUACCAGUGUUCACUCUAAAAGAGAGAUGUCUUCAAGUUGUCCGUACCUUGGUGAAACCAGUGGACUACAGAAAACUAGACAUUGUUAGGUCACUGUAUGAAGAUCUAGAAGAUCAUCCCGACCUUAGGAAGGAUCUUCAGCGGCUUUCUUUGGAAAGGAGUAAAAUGCGAAGGAAUGAAGUCCCUGACAGAAGGGACGACUCAUAAUUGGACAAAAUGCUUUCACUGAUGAAUUGUGGGUACAAGAGGCACUAACUGUGGCUUGUAAAUAGCCAUCAG